CUCCAGAGGGAUUGUCCUGUGGGUACUGCUUUGUUCAGCUGUGCCUCUGAAAGUGAGAGAGGAUGGCGGACACACCGAACCCGGCCGCGACCUCCUUCCCGGCACCUACCGUCUCUCUGCCGCUCGGGGUGGGAAUACUGAGGACUUACUCUGGGGCUCUCAUCUGUUUGGAGAUUGUGUUUGGAGGCUUGGUAUGGAUUUUAAUAGCGUCGACGAACGUGUCCGUACCGCUGUUGCAGGGAUGGCCGAUGUUUGUGUCCUUAACCAUGUUCAUUUGUUCAUCCACAUACCUCGCCCUCUUUAUACUGGGCCUGGCUGACAGAAUUAACACUGACUGGAAUUUUGUGGAUAUGUUUUACCAUUUCAUCGCUUUGCUGUGUUAUUUUGGUGCCUUUUUGCUGGAGGCUACAGUUUCGUCUGCAAGCGCAUAUAUAAACAGCACUGCCUGUAUACGCAGACCCCGUGGCAAUAUCAUCACAUUUCUGGAUUAUCGAGAGUACAAUAUUAAUGUUGCUGCAGCGAUAUUUGCAUUUAUAGUGACUAUUUGUUAUGGCUGCAGCAUGUUCAUGGGCUUCAGGAGGUGGAGGAAGUGAAAUACAACUGGUGCAUAUGUGAGCCAUCACAUAACAUGGAUGUUAUUAAACGUCAGCUGUACUGUUAUGGGCAUUGCUUAAGGUGAUGUCACUUCACUGGUUUACCACGAUGUCCCCAUGCGGGUGUUUAUUCACAUUAAUGUCAUUUAAAAAAAUAACAUGUUUUUCGGUUCUAUUUGGUAAUUUGGACAAAAAUGACAUAAUGAAUAUUUAAACAAAUAUUUCAAUUUAACAUUUGUUUUCAUAAUUUAUGUUUAAACAGUCCUGGUUGUGAGGGAAGUUAAUUUCAGAAAUAUCUGUCUGAUAUAAUCUUAAAAUCUAAGACAAUAAAACCCAGGCAACUUUUUUUUUGAAAACUGUAAAUGCAACUAAAGUUAGAUGCAUAACUGUGUAUGUAUAGUGCAUAAUAUAUAUUUAAUAUUAUUUAAUAUCCAACCGACUUCCUGUCUUAUGUUUAUACAUAGUGAAAUCAUAAUGUAUAGCUUUAAUAAACCACAAACAUUUUUCCUAGUCUGUGUGAUGAAAUUUACAUUCAAAUGUUACAGAUUAUUUUACAUAAUCUUGAGACAGCUGUGCUAUCAUUUAAGGAAAUGAUGUGUAUUGACCACUAGAGGGACUACUUUGAAUGGCUUACAACCACAAGAAUACAUGCAGUAGAUUUCUUUGUAAUGCUACAUUAACAUUAUUGACUGCAUUUUUUUGUUUAUUAAGCGGGUGUCUUAGGUUUACUCUGUGGGUACAGUAAUGUUAUAAUUAAAUCUAUCAGUGAUUAAAUGAACAAUCAAUUAUCUGAAAUUGAAUGGUUUGACUUUUUAUUAGUUGUAAGUUGCUAAAAAUACUGUAUCUUUAAAGAGGUUUCUUUUUUAUAUUAUUUGUCUUAUUCCACGUGAGUAAAACCUUUAACCCUGACAGUGUGCUGUCAGAUUUGACACGUCAGCUUCUUCAACCUCUUUGGUCUCUUUGUCCCAUUUUCCUUAAUACCAGAAUCUUCUUUGACAGAUGUAGUGUAGUGGAAAGACAGCAAAGGAUCAUUUGGCAUGAUGUUCCUAAUGGUGU